CUGCGAAAUUUGAGAGCAAGGCAGAGCCAGAGCCAGCCAACCAGUCAGCCCUGGAAGAGUCAAGACAGAGUUUGGUUCUAUACAAUACAUCCAUGACAUGUUCUGAGGAAAUAAACACCCCGAGUGUCCCCAACCUCUGUUAUUGCUUGAACGAUUGCAUCUUCUUUUUUCCUCCGACACGACAUCGACACGCGCUUUGUUUUCGCUCGUUCUUUUCAAGAGACAACGUCCUAUUCGUCCUCCGUCCGCCGUCUAUCAUCAUCAUCAUCAUCAUCAUCAUCAUUACAUACCCACACACGCACUCACACUCACAAUUCCCGUCCGUCCUAUUCGACACUUGCAUCGCGGCCAAGCCCACAAGCUCCGGAGCCGUCUCUUCUCGGACGCUGCUGAUCGAACCGCGGCCGAAGCCAGGUUAGGUAGAGAGGUAGAUCACACUCGACCUACUUCCUGACUGCAGCAGAGACCCGUCCUCAGCCUCCUCUCUACUCAUGAGCG